AUCAAACUCGCAGUCAGUCAGUAUUUAACGAAAAGCAGCGAGGACUGGACACGACGACGCCAUCUUUAUUAAUUAAUUCUACGAAGAUACAAAAUCAAUCGUCUCUCUCGGAGGAGAGGGGGGAGGGGAUCGGAGAAAAUGGGGGAUGCGAGGAAAAUAGUGACGGUGGUGGAAGAUGUGGAAGCAGCUAGAAUUGCUCUUCGAUGGGCUCUUCAUAACAUCGUCCGCUACGGUGAUUUAAUCACUCUACUUCAUGUCUAUCCACACACAAGAUCCAGAAGCAAAAACAAAGCUCGUCUUCUUCGUCUUAAGGGCUUCCAGUUAGCCCUCUCCUUCCAACACAUCUGCGAUACCUUCCCCAGUACAAAGGUUGAGAUUAUUGUCACCGAAGGAGACCAGGAAGGGAUCAAGAUCGCCGAAACCGUGCGUGAGAUUCAAGCUUCGAUGCUCGUCGUCGGGCUCCAUGAUCGUAGUUUUCUUUACAAGUCGGCAAUGUCCCAUAACAAUAUUGCCAGCAACUUCAACUGCAGAGUACUUGCCAUCAAUCACCCUCCUGCGUCACCUUUGAGGCCCGUGGUUUCUGCAGCAGCAGUGCUAGACAGCUCAACCAACAUGGACUUUUCUCAGAUCGAUCUUUCUACAUUACAAAUGGAAUUGCAGGGUACCAGAAACCCCUCGAACAAAAAUUCCAUACCGAAUCUGCCCCGACCCGUCUGCAAUUUUUUGGAGAUCAAGGAGGAGGUGAGACGCCGAGCAGGAGAAGUUACCAGAUGAUCGAAUCACUUUCCUCCAUAUUCUUAUUCUUUUCCAAUUGAAUAUGCCCCAGAAACAAUCUGGGCCAUGAUUUUUCUUUCAAUUUAUGUUCACCUGCCAUAUCGAUAAGAAAGAAUGUUGACAUAGAAAA